AUGAAGACCCCCAAAAUUCUUUUGACUGGUGCUACCGGCUACAUAGGUGGGACGAUUUUGGACACUCUCUUGACAUCUUCCCAUCCUUGUUUCAAAACCAUUCACAUCUCAGUUCUUGUUCGUCGUCGAGAUCAAGCCGAAGUUCUUGCCAGCCUUGGAGUCACCACCAUUCUCUUCGAAAGCCUUGACGACACUGAUCUUCUCACCGAAGCAGCGUCAACCCAUGACAUCGUUAUCCAUGCCGCAAAUGGCUAUCAUAUCCCCUCGGCGAAAGCCCUGCUUUCAGGUCUAGCUCAACGCAAGGCCAAUACAGGCAAGCCAGUGCACUAUAUCCACAACUCUGGAACUUCCAACUUUGGAAACAGGCCUGUCUCGGGCAAGUAUCUCGAGGAACCAAGGGUGUAUUCUGAUAAAGAUGAUAUUUACGCUUAUGAGAAGCUUCGAGAAGAGAAAGAGAAGUACAACCAGCGAACUAGCGAUGUGGCUGUUUUCGAAACAGGUGUCUACAUCGGCGUGGAGACGUACAUCAUCUGUUCACCCUUGAUCUACGGCCGCGGAACAGGGCUUUUCAACAAAUCGUCUAUCCAAAUUCCUAUCAUGAUCAGAGCUGCUCUUAAAAGAGGUCAAGCUAUAUACGCCGGUGAUGGUCUAGGGGUUUGGGAUCAUACACAUAUCGAAGACAUCGCUAGUCUGUACGCCCUUAUCGUGAACAAGAUUCUCGACGGGGAGAAGAUUCCUUCUGGAAAAGAGGGUUUUUACUUUGCCAAUCAUGGGAAGCAAAGCUGGUUGGAUAUAGCAAAGGGUAUUGCGAGAGUUGGCUACCAGCGAGGCAAACUCGCUGCUGAGCCGAAGAGUGUUUCGCUCGCCGAGGCGAGUCUGGCAUGGUUUGGGGGUGAUGAGGAUUUGACGGAGCCAGCUAUCUGUUCCCAUUCUCAGACACGGGGAGAGAAGAGUCGUGAGUUGGGGUGGAGGCCUUUGAAGGAUGAUUCGCGAUGGGAGGAGACUAUCACUGAAGAGUUUGAGGUUGCCUUGAAGGCUAUGGCUUGA